AUGCCUUCAUACUUGAUCACAGGCACUAGCAGGGGCAUAGGCCUGGCCAUCGCCCAAGAGCUGCUGGCCGGCUCUGCCGACAAUUUCGUGAUCGCCACGGCUCGUCGUCCGAACGCGUCGGAUGGUCUGAGAGAGCUUGCGGAGCAGUACCCUCCGACUCGUCUGUCUCGCAUCCAGCUGGACGUGACCGACGAAGUCAGCAUCGAUAGGGCGGUCGAAGAGGCGAUUGCGCUCCUCCCUGAGGGCCUUGACUACCUCAUAAGCAACGCGGCGACGGCUUUCACGGCUUACGUGCCGUUCGAAGACGUCGACCUGAAGCUGUUUGACGAGGAGUUCAAAGUCAACCUACGCGGUCCGCUACAGCUUGUGCGCAAGUUCCUGCCCUUGAUACGAAAGGCGAAGAUCAAGAAGAUCGUGCACAUCGCGUCCGACCUCGGGUCGCUCGAAAUUGCACCAAAGUGGCCCGGCAUGGGUCCCACCUAUUCAGUCACCAAAGCUGCUCUGAACAUGCUGGCUCGCAAGUGGGCUGUCCCGCUCAGCGAGGAAGGCAUCACCACCGUCCUGCUCCACCCCGGGUUCGUCGAGACGGAUCUGGGCAACAGCGACGCGGACGCCUACCUGAGCGAGCAUGGUAUAUAUCUCAAUAAGAUCACACCGCGCGAGUCUGCGCAUGGGUGCGUGAAGGUCUUUCAAGCUGCGCGUUUGGAGAGUGCGGUCAGGUUCAGUGCCUAUGAUGGGAGAGAACUGCCUUGGUGA